GCUAUCAAGGCACUUGCCAGGGAUUAUCCCACGUUGCCGUGCCGCGUUCACGUCAGAGGCUCCAAAUAGCGUUGCACAGGGGUAAGGUGGAACUUGCCGCCAGAUCUGUAUUCAGGCCACGACCACUUCGGCGCUCGUUGUUCAGGAAAUAUUCAACUGCGCGAAUCUCGAAGACUGUUUGCGCAUAAUUUGUAGUAUGCCGGAAAGGCCUGAACGAUAUUGUUUUCGAAAUGGCUCUUGACCCUGCCCCAGGGCGCCAUCAGACGUCGUCACCAACGAAUUCAGGCAGAGCAUCGCCGAUUUUUAGGAAAUGGCGAGGUGAAGAAGAAGCCCUUAGCAAAGACAAAACCUUUCGGAGGUACGCUACCGGUGUCGACAGGUCGCUGGCAUUAUUCGACAGCCAGUUACAGGAAUGGGCAGACUAUAUCUCGUUUUUGGGAAGGCUAUUGAAGACUUUGCAAGCCCGUCCAUCGAAUAUUACAGUUAUUCCCUCCAAGGGAAUUGUUGCUCGGAGACUAGCCCAAUGCCUCAACCCAACGCUACCCUCGGGGGUGCACCAGAAGGCUAUCGAAGUGUACAACUACAUAUUCUCAACAAUUGGCACGGAUUCAUUAUCGAGAGACCUGUCGCUAUAUCUGCCUGGGCUGUCAUCGACUCUGUCGUUCGCAUCUCUGACGGUGAGGUCACCGUUCCUCGACCUCCUCAAGACACACCUUGUACCACUUGAUCCGUUGUCGUUGCGCCCAGCACUCAAAGCUAUAAUAUUGGCCCUUCUACCAGGACUUGAAGAGGAGACAAGCGAAGAUUUUGAUCAGACACUAAAGCUGCUUAAUGACUUUAAGAAAGCUGUGCGACCAAAGGGCAGCCAAGAUGGCCACGAAAACACCGCCGGAGAUGAAUACUUUUGGCAAUGCUUUUUCCUGGCAUCGAUUACUGGAGCGAAUCGCAGGCUAGGUGCUCUGGCAUACCUUGUCCGAAGCCUGCCAAAACUUGAGGCUCGAUCACGAAGCGGGUCGGUUCCCAAUCUUGAUCAAGGACCAGCGAAUGGGACAGAGAUAAUCACCACCCCUGAGCCCGGUCUCCUUCUGCGGUGCUUUGCAGCAGGUCUAAAAGACGACCAGCUGCUCAUACAGCGCGGGUAUCUAGACCUUUUGGUUACCCAUCUACCUUUGCACGCCACUGUAUUUCAAAGUCGAGUCAAAGGAGAUGACUUAGAGCUCCUUAUGGCAGCCGCCUCUGGCGUAGUAGCUCGCCGGGAUAUGAGCUUAAACAGGCGCUUAUGGAGCUGGCUCUUGGGACCUGAGCCUGUCGCAGGCAUAGAAGUAGAAAGCGGACCGGAUCCGGCUUCUGGAAACGCCCGUGAUCGUGCAAUGUCUAUAAGUGCUACAAGAACAAGCUAUUUCGAAGAAUUUGGCCUGCAGCCUUUAACACAAGCCAUCUUGAAGAUGAUUUCUAGAGAUCAUCUCGCACCGGCGGAAAGAGCCCGCCCUUUCAAAGUCUGUUUAUCAUUAAUGGAUCGAUGGGAAAUAGGAGGGCUCGUUGUACCAGAAGUAUUUCUACCCGUGGUUGGUAGUGUACGGAGAUAUCAAUCACAAAGUACUUCGGCUGCAGAUUUCAAUGAAGUUCUACGAAGCGCUAGUGUCUUCUUCGACGGGGUGGAGAGCGGUCUAAUAUGGAGCGAAAUCACAGGACUGAUUGCUGGGGCUGUGGGCUCGAAUAAAGCAUCGAAUGACGUGAAACUCGACAAGCUUGCUCUUGUGAGGUUUAUUCUCACGAACUUUAAUGUGAGGGAAGAGGAGAUGCUUUUGGUCCAUGCGCCGAUCACCGCCUUGACUCUUCUGGCGAUGCUGGAUGAGACUGCAUCAAAGGAGAUCGAUUCUGUUGAAGUGAAAACAUUUGCAACAAAUAUUGUUCUGGACUUGAUAGGUCUAAUACCAGAAAGGGCUUUCGGCUCAGCCAUAUCCACCGAACAGUCGGAAUCGGAACGCCGCCAGCCUAGUCUAUCCAUCGACAACAAAUGCAUUAUGGACAAAGUACGCCACUUCUAUGUCCAUGACCAAGGCAACCUUGAUGCUUCUCCGCCGCCAUUUUCCGCCCAAGAGGUCUCUGAGUUACUCGUCCGUGAAGCCGUCAGACUAACUAGCCGAAGCUUGAGCAUUGCGACAUCAAGUGCUGAUGUCGCCGUCAAAGUUCGGCUCCUAGUGGCACUUAUCACAACAGCUCCUGUUGCCAAGAGUUUAGAUCUUACUGAACUUCUUUCUGCAAUCCACGAGAAGCUUUCGGCAUCCACACCACCUCCAUUCUCUGUUUUUUCGUCCAUUACUGUUAUUGGUACGGCUUUAUACCCACGAUACUUAAAGCCGGAGCAAAUCUCCGAUUUGGUUGACCCGCUAGUUCGCCUUGCAUGGUCAUAUCUCUCGCCGUCCUGCCCAAAAUACCAUGUGGAAGCUGUGAGAAACCUUUGGCACCUUCAAACUUGCUUAGGAGAUGCAAAUCGCGAGAUCGAGGCCUCCUUGUGUCGCCUGAUAGUGGAACACGAUGUUACUGGGACGUUUAGAAAUGCCGACCCUGGCCGGAGGUUCGCUGUGCUAUGGACCCAUACUCUCCACGACAAUUCAGUCCAUAUCGAACGUAGAGCAUCAAAGCCUUUGAAGGGUGAUAGCAACUCGCUGGGACUAGCACCAAAUACUGGUGACUAUGAAAUAAUGCUCUGCCGGCCACUUUUCCUUUUGCUUGAUGCCCUUUCGGACGAGAGAACUCAGCUUUUCACGUCUGUUAGGAUUUGGAUUCAGAAUCUUCCUGGCAUUGAGAAGAUAUUCCACUUGUUCGUCUCAAAGUUUGCUCGAUUCAAAUUCCUACAGCCGGUAGACACCCAAAGCAACGCAGGCACCGAUGAAAAGUCUACAAUGCAAUAUACCACAGAUGAUGACAUUGACAACUGCCUCUAUUCCCUGCGAACUUUCCUAAAUAUCUUGCGUUGGUCCACAAUAAGCACCUGGGGAACUCUUGCGAACAGCAAAGUUUCGAUUCCAAAGAGUGACGAAGCUACCAAUUCAAUUGGCCACCACGAAGAUGAUAUUCCGCUCCAAGAGUUUUUUCUAGAAAUGUGUUUGCGAGCAAUAAAUGGCACGCAUAACCCGGAAGAGCCUCAGCUUGACCCGUCUAUUAGCCAGCUACACCAGGCGGCAUUGGCAGUUCUACAUCAGAUUCUUGCGAGUCCAUUCUCCUCAAAUUUUACCGAUCUCAACCUAGAAGUUGAUCUGAUUAGCAAAUUACAACGGUCGCUGGCAGAUCCGGAUCCUUUCUUACAGGCUUCGCUGUUGGAUGUUGUCCUGGCCUCUUUAAAACUCAAGAAAGAGUCACCGAUCAGCCCGCCUAUGUCGCCGAAGCUUGAGCACCGCCCACUAUCACCAGAGUCGAAUCGCGGUGCUGUUCAAUCAGAAGCAGUUGCUCAUUCUGAAAUGUUGUCUGAGAGCCGACCCCCGCCGCCAAGUGCAUUGCUUGAGUGUUUGCAAGCCGCAUUCGUAUCGCCGAAUAGCCGUCCCGUUUUAGAUAAUUGGAUUGUGUUUCUUUCCGAAUCCAUAAAUCUAUACUCAGACACAAUAUUCCAGGUGCUCAUCCCCCUGGUCGAAACAUUUUGCAGCCAAAUCUCUCAGACAUUUGAGUCUCUACGGAAAACAUUCCAAGGCUACGAUGGCAGCAUAAAAGCCAACUCGGCGCCGGAAGCUACCUUGAUAUCAUUUCUCAAUGGACUAGAACUAGUCCUUGCUCGCGGUCAUGAGCGGCUGCUCAAAGACGAGGCUCGAGCUCCGACAGCGAAAAGUCCAGACCAGCCUCAAGGUUUCUUUGGCAAUAUGGUUUCGGGAGUUUUCGCAACAGAAACGCAACAUUCAAGAAUUCAGACUGCCAACAGUAGGCUUACUGUUCUUCUGUCGUUUCAAGAUGCUGUCAGAAUCUGUUUCAAGAUUUGGUCCUGGGGUGGACGGGGCAGAGAUGAUUUUAGUCCAGACGCCGACUCCAUGGCAUCUUUUGGCUAUACGUCUCUGCGGAUGCGAAAUCGCGCAAGAAGAUUGCUGGAGCAUCUUUUCCACGCCGAGCCGUUAGAGUGCCUGGAGACUGUCAUCGAAAUUUGGCAGAAGGCUUCAACCGCGAGUAACACACAGUACACCGCGGCUUUCCACCUGCUCCACGUCCUUGAUGGCAGUAGGCCCAAACAUACCAUACCCGCAAUAUUCGAUGCUAUAUACAGUCGUACCAACCCGGGCGUGUUAGAUGUAUCCCGAAAGUCGACCUUGACAUCCACAUUACUUGACACGGAACUUGUCGUGUUCUUGGUUGAUUAUACCAGCUCUGUGGAAGACGACGCUAUGGACGAGAUCUGGACGGAUUGCAUGACAUUUUUGAAGGAUAUCCUUGCGAAUCCAUUCCCGCAUCGUCAAAUAUUACCUGGCCUUCUUGAGUUUACCUCUGUUCUUGGCGAGAAGGUGGAUAAUACCAACUUUGGGGAGCAGCGGAAAAUGCGGAAGGACCUCGCAGACCUAUUCUUCAGACUUUUAACUGCGACCUUUACGACCAACCCAAUAGGUUAUUCCAUGAGCACUUCGCAGCAGCCGCCCGCUGAAAAACAUUCCGAAGUCUCGUCUUCAUCAAAAUUAAAGCGCAGAGCCGAGGACGUCGUUGAAAUCCUUGCCACGAUUAUUCCAAAUCUGCCAAAGAUUUUGGUUGAGCCUGAAAGAGUCCUGGCUGCGGCUAAUACGAUAUCGACUAGUGUUAUUGGGCCGACAAUUCGGUCCAAAGCAUACCCCGAAAACGUUUCAGUAAACCUAUUAACUCUGGUGUACCAGCUCUCACGACUGGCAAACACUCAAAAGGUGUGGAAGAAAGAUUUAGGAGACGCAUUUAACGACCCUCGAUUCUUUGCGAAUCCACCAAGUCUGUACGAGAGCCACUGGAUGACCCUUAUCCGCCAAUGGGCAAUCACCGACAAAGAGCGCAUGCCAGAACUCCUUUCUCGCAUUACUCCGCCCACAACAGCCGGUAUUGUGUUUGGGGUCGGUGCUACCAGUGCCCGCCUUGAAGCCGAUCGAAAGACACAACUCAAUCUUCGCCGCAUUGCCACGCUUAUCCUCUCCGUCCCCGAUGAUACUUUUGUGUCGGCCCUCGCUGACAUCAAUGACAAGAUUGUUGAGCUCCUCACUGCCACCACUACUUCGUCGCCCUCUUCAACUACCCGAGCAGAGAUAUACAUUCUUCUCCGCGUUCUAGUACUGAAGACUAGCCCAAUUCAUCUCGCGUUUAUGUGGCCUACUGUCAACGCCGAGCUAGAAGCUGCAAUCUCAUCGGUGGUCGCGCCAGAUCACACUGGGCCCGCAGACACCUGGAACAACUUCAGCAUCCUACAAGCAUGUAAACUGCUCGACUUGCUGCUGUGCAUUGCUCCAGACGAUUUCCAAUUGCACGAGUGGCUGUUCAUCACGGAUACCAUUGAUGCCGUCUAUCGACCUAGCUCGUCAGGCUAUCAGCCAGCGGCAUUGAUAGACCAGCUAGCUGAGGAAUUCGGCUCGGCUACACUUUCCGGUGCAUUUGAGGGCACAAGCGUGGCUUCUGAGGACACAAAAGAUAAAUCUAUGCGACGGCCCCUUAUUGGCCCUGGCCGGGUAGAGACGCGAGGCGUUAACCUAGAGAGGAGGGACGAGUUAGUUGCGAAAGUGCUGAGGCCGUUUUUCAGCCAGCUCAGUAUCUGGGAGUUUGAGACGGUGUAUGAGAUGGGAGGUAUAGAGUGGGAGGAGUGUAGUAGACAAGCAUUGGAUGAUUUGUUUGAUGAGAGCGCGGUUGUAAAGGCGUUGUAGGGACAUCCCACACCAGGAAAGCUUAUUGAGACUUAUAUUACGUGUAAAUAGAUAAUUCAAGACACAGUUCAACUGCAAGUCUG